GUCAUACAGAAGAAGGGCUUGGAGAAUGUGACCGUUGAUGAUCUGGUAACUGAGAUCACGCCAGUUGGACGAAAAAUGGUUCCCGACACUGUGAAACAGGAACUGAUAGAUGCCAUCCGCGCGUUCCUGCCCGACGAAGAAGAGGAGGAGGAAGAAAAAUAA